UUUAAUUCAAAUAUAACUUGAAUUCUACAAUAUUUUUAUUUUAUAUUAAAUAUGAAAUUACUUAUAGUAUUGUUGUGUGGAUUGGUUUGUAUUGUGAGCGCAGACUAUCCUAUAGAAGACUAUAAGGCGGUCGCAAAGUCGCGGGACUUUACGGGGAAAGUGAUUCUCGUGACCGGUUCCUCGUCGGGCAUCGGAGAGGGAAUCGUUAAACUGUUCUCAAUAUUAGGGGCUAAUGUUGUGGUCACCGGAAGGAAAGCACAGGACGUUCAACGAGUUGCCAAAGAGGUCCAGGAGUUGUCACCACUAAAACUUAAACCAUUAGAAGUUGUGGGAGAUUUGACCAAAACCUCUGAUUUAAACAAUUUGAUUGAUUCUACGAUCAAAACAUUUGGCCGAUUGGAUGUAUUGGUCAAUAACGCCGGUAUAUAUCCGCAAACAAAUAUCACACAAACGGAUAUAUUGUCAGUUUGGGAUCAGAUAUUUGCACUCAAUUUACGCGCUGUCGUAGAGCUGGUCCACCGUUCUGUUCCACAUCUGGAGAAAAUCAACGGAACUAUUAUUGACAUAUCAAGUAUUGGCGCAAUUGCACCGUUCAAAGUUAACCUAGCUUAUGCAUCGGCCAAAGCAGGUAUGGAUAUGUUGUCCAGAAUAUUAGCCCUGGAAUUGGGGCCUAAAAAUAUUCGUGUCAAUACUAUUAAUCCGGGUUCUAUACAUGUGAGAGACCCUCUGACACCCCUUGAACUCCUGGUAGCAAAAUACACACCUUUGGGACGCAAUGGUCAACCCCUAGACAUCGCCCGUGCGGUCGCAUUCCUGGCCUCCACUGACUCAGACUUUAUUACCGGCGCUAAUCUCGUGGUCGACGGCGGAGUUGUAUAUGUUGCGGGUUUUUGGAAUACAAUGUAAAUAUUGUUAUAUUAAUAGUAUCUAUUAAGUUGAUAUUUAAUU